AUGUUAUGAAAAAAGUUUCCGUAUAUACUUAUAAAUAAGAAUAAUAAACCCAGCUCUGACAAAACCAUGCUAUUUUUCAUAAAUACCUUAAUAAAGGCAUUUUAUAUAUAUAUUUCCCGUUUUAUUUAAAUAGAAUAUGGAAUUAUACUUCACCAUAUAGUUAUAAGUAUGAAGCUUUUAUAUCAGUCAGCCAAAGAAGGAGUCAGAGCUUGCUUGCUUGCCCUUAGACUUGCUGGUCUAAAAGCGAAGCAAACUACAGAAAACCUUCCAUUAGUAACUCUACAAUUGGAUGAAAAAGACAGGACCGGAAAUCCUCUAGAAGUAAUGGGAGAGCUCAGUAUCUGCAGAUAUGCCAUGGAACAGUGUCCUUGGAACGUCUCAGAUAGCCUGCAUCUUGAUGAGUGGAUUUUGUAUUAUCUUAAGCCAAUGGCAGAACUUUCAUCUAAAUCUGCUAUAAAAAGCAACGAAGCCCUAUUAGAAGCCAUUGGGUCUUUAGAGAGAUCAGUCAAAGGCGACUUUAUAGGAGGUCCCCAUCCUGCAUCUGCUGAUAUUUUAGGGUUCGCUUACUUGUUCCAAUUCUUCACAGGAAACCCAUGGAUGAUGAAAAAGUUCCCUGUGCUUGGUGAAUGCUAUAAAAAGCUCAGCGAAAUUUAUUCUGGCGUGCAAGAAGACCUAGGAGAACAAACUGUAGCUGCCAAGCCUAAAAAAACAGUGGAGUACUUUGAAGGAAGCCUAAAAAUUCAAAGAAACAAAACGAAAGUGUUGCCAGAAGAAGGUAAGAGAAAUAUACUUAUAACAAGUGCCCUCCCUUAUGUGAACAAUGUUCCUCACUUUACUCCCCAUAAUAAGCAAAUUCUUGGGGGGUUUUGUACAAAAUUUUCAAAUAGUAAAUUUUUAUUGAAUAGUUCGAAAUUUGCUUAUUAUAGGGGAAUGCAUUUUUGACUGAAAAACCUAAAAUAAUAACUCCCCCCCUCCGUGAGUGAACAAAACCAUUAGAAAAAUCCCUAUUUUUUGCCCAAAAACCCACCUCCGUGAGCGAACAAAAAUUUUAUUAUGAAAAAAAAAUUGAUAUAUAUAAGUGAUAAUUAUUAUAAUGAAAUCUCGAGCUAAUUCUGUUUAAUUUUAAACAAAUUGCGUUUUAAAAACAUAAAUUUUAUAAAAUUAAAUUAAUAUUUGUUUCCCAAUUUUUUGUGAAUUAGGAUUUUUUUAAAUUUCGAAAAAAAUAUUUUUUAAAAAAUUUAUAUAUAUAAAUUUUUUUAAAAAAAAAAAUUAAACCCCUCUCCGUAAGUGAACAAAAAUGUUUUGUUUACUCACGGAGGGGGGAAGUAAGCAAAUUUUGAUCUAUUCAUAUAAAAAUUUACUAUUCGAAAAUUUUUUGCGCAAAAAGAAUUUGUUUAUUACUGGGGAGUUAGGUAACAUAAUUGGCUGUGUUUUAUCAGCUGAUGUAUACGCUAGAUACUGCAGACUUAGAGGCUACAACACAAUCUUUAUCUGUGGCACUGAUGAAUAUGGCACUGCCACCGAAACCAAAGCUAUUAAAGAAGGCUUAACACCUCAAGAAAUCUGUGAUAAAUAUCACGCCAUCCAUAAAACAAUUUACGAUUGGUUUGAUAUUGACUUUGACAACUUCGGAAGAACUUCGCAUCCAAAGCAAACAGAAAUCGCCCAAGACAUUUUCCUUAAGCUUUAUAAUCUAGAAGAACUUAUAGAAGAUGAUGUCGAACAGUCAUUUUGUGAGCACUGUAAUAGGUUUUUGGCAGACAGGUUUGUUAAUGGAACUUGUCCAAACUGUGCUUAUACAGGUGCAAGAGGUGACCAAUGUGAUGCCUGCGGAAAAUUGUGCAGCCCUGAAGAAUUAGUUGACCCUAAGUGUAUGCUGUGCAAUAACACCCCAGUUAGAAAGACAUCUCGCCAUAUAUUCAUAAAUUUACCAAAAAUUAAAGAUAGACUUGAACAGUGGAUUGGGGAAAGCUCAGCCAAGGGAAAAUGGAGCCAGAACUGUAUGCAAACAACACAGUCGUGGAUCAGAGAUGGAUUGAAGCCACGGUGUAUUACAAGAGAUCUUAAAUGGGGAAUUCCAGUCCCACUACCAAACUUUAGUGACAAAGUCCUUUAUGUGUGGUUUGAUGCUCCCAUUGGCUAUAUUUCUAUGACAGCUACUCAUACAGAUGACUGGGAAAAGUGGUGGAAAAAUCCAGCUCAAGUCGAAUUAGCACAGUUUAUGGGGAAAGAUAACAUUCCUUUCCAUACUGUCAUUUUCCCAUGCAGCUUGAUAGGGUCAGGAGACAAUUGGACUAAACUGCACACCAUUUCUACUACAGAGUAUUUAUCCGAAUUCUAUUUAUAUAUAAGGCUAAUAGGGCUAUUUAUAGCAUUAAAUCUCAAAUUUAAUCAAAAUCAGCAUAAAUUAUGAGGACGGAAAGUUUUCAAAGUCAAACGGCGUCGGAGUUUUUGGAGAUAAUGCAAUGGACACUGGAAUUCCUAAUGAAGUAUACAGAUACUAUUUACUAGCUAACAGGCCUGAACAAUCAGAUACUGUCUUCAAAUGGAGCGACUUAGCUGCCAAAAACAACAAUGAGCUUUUACCAAACGUCGGGAAUCUCUGCAACAGACUUUUCAAGUUCUGGAUGAAACUAGACCAAGAACUUGGAGUUGCAGGAGAGCUUAACUCACUUGACUUAGAGUCCCUCAACGAAGCUUACCAACUGCUCCAAAAAUACGCACAAGAAAUGGAAGAGCUUAAAAUCAGACAAGCCUUAAAAACAGCUAUGGACAUUUCUGGUGCCGGCAACAAAUACAUCCAAAACAGCAAGCUGUGGGAGCUCAAGAAAAUUGACUUACAAAGACUCCAAACUGGGCUAGUCGUUUCUAGCAACAUCAUAAGAGCUGCCAUUCUUGCUUUAGAGCCAUUUAUUCCUGGAUUUUGUGCUAACUCCCCCCCCAUCCUUGAUCGAACGAUUGACUGUAAAAAUUCCUAAAAAAAUUGGGAAAAUUAACCCCCAUCCUUGAUCGAACGAUUUUCAUAUCAUGCAAAUUUUUAUAUAUAUAUAAAAUAUAUUAUUAUUUAUCAAAAGCUUGGGAAGAUGUACAUAAUGAAGUUGUUUUCAGAGGCUUUGAGACGACAGAAAGCUGCGGAAUCAACCAUCCGAAGUGAUUUAGUCAUUAACAUAUGCUUAAAAACUUAAUAAUCUAAUAAAAUAAAGAUUCUUUAAAAUUUUUUUUAAAAAAAUUUAAUUUAAUAAGGAACAAAUUAAAAUUUAUACAAUUUAAAGGGGUAACUAAUAAAUCAAAAUAUUAAAAAUUGGUAUUUUAUGAAAUAAAUUAAAUUUUUUGCUGUAAAAAUAAUUAUUAAAUAUUCUUAACCCUCUUAUUCAAAAGUAAAUAAAAAAAAAAUCUAUAUAUUUUUUUUUAUUUUAUAUAUAAAUUUUUUUUCCCGAAAAUUUUUUUUUUAAACCCCCAUCCUUGAUCGAACGAUGGCGAGUCGUUCGAUCAAGGAUGUGGGGGGAGUAAGGUUUAUUCUCAGUUAUCAAUAGAAAGAACUCCAAGAGAAGACACCUUACUCAAAGAAGUCUUAGAAGCCAAUGACCCACUCUCCAUUUUAACAUUAUUGAGCCCUCAUACGAGGAUAACGCAAGCAGUUCCUAUUAUAAAGGCUAUUACUGAUGAAAAAGUAAACCAGCUUAAAGAAAAGUUUGCAGGGCGUCAGAAUUAA